AUGUCCACGUCCCCCUCAAUCAACUACUGCGCUUAUGUCGACCCCAACUCCGGGGAGCAUCGAAUUGGCCAUCUUGAUCUGACGACAGAGCAGAUUCAUCCUCUUGUUUUCAUCUCUGGUACUCGAAUUUCCAAUUUGUACCAGGUUAUUGAGGCGGGGGAGGGAAAUAUCCAGCUAGGAAGAGGAGACCCCAUUCCCUUAUCCCAGGUUAAGCUCCUCCCCCCGAUAUCUGGCCGGGAUAUCCUAGCAGUCGGGAAGAACUAUGUUGAACAUGCGAAAGAGUUCAAUUCCUCAGGUUUUGAUUCAUCGGAUAAAAACGAUCAACCAACUUUCCCGGUGAUCUUCACCAAACGCGCAACAUCUAUCAUCGCACAUGGAGAGCAGGUCCUCCUUCACCCUGGUUUCACAGAAACACCAGACUAUGAAGGCGAGAUCGGAGUGAUCAUUGGCAAAGCCGGGCACAAGAUUUCUGAGUCCGAAGCCAUGGACUAUGUCUGGGGGUACACGAUCAUAAACGAUUUCACUGCCCGGGAAAGGCAGCGCGACCAUAAACAAUUCUAUAUCGGUAAAUCCCCGGACACCUUCUGCCCUAUUGGACCCGUUGCGGUUCCGAAGGAGCGUCUUCCCCCCAAUCUCCAAUUGCAAACGUUCGUCAACGGAGAGAAAAGGCAGGAUGCUACACUCGAUCAGUUAAUCUUCAGUAUCCCAACACUCGUAUCCUGCUUAUCCCGGGGCCAAACACUACAACCCGGGGAUACGCUUGCAACCGGUACACCAUACGGCGUUGGAUUCGGUUUCCGACCCAUGAAGUUCCUCCAAGCUGGAGACGAAGUCAAGGUCUCCGUGACCGGACUAGGAACUCUCACGAACUACAUGGCCGCCACCGAUGCCAUCAACCCAACCGUGGAACGCGUGAAAUCCCAAUCCGCAAUCCCAGUUACUAACCAGAAAGCGCGAGGCCAUGAAGGACUCGUGAAAGUCGGCACCAAGGAGCUCUUCUCUCAAGUUCAGGGACAAAUCGAAGGACCACCAAUCAUCUUCAUACACGGCCUCGGUGGUUCGUCCACUUAUUUCAGCCCACUCGUUGCACAAUUAUCCUCCACACAUGCUCUGUACCUAAGUGAUUUCGAAGGUCACGGCCUUUCCCCAACCAACGCGCUCAGCGAAAUCACCAUCGCAUCACUCGCCUCCGAUAUCCGGGAUAUAUACCACAACGCUCGUCCCGAUCGCAAACCGGCAACAGUCAUCGCUCACUCCAUGGGCUGCCUGGUCGCCAUGAAACUUGCCCUCAAAAGUCCAGAAUUAGUCUCCUCUCUAAUUCUGUUCGGGCCACCUCCCUCACCCUUACCCGAAGCCGGUAGCGCUGGAAGCUUUGCGCGCGCCGAGUUGGUUCGCAGUAAGGGUAUGGUGGCGGUUGCUGACGCUGUUGUUAAUGCGGGAUUAUCAUCUAAAACAAAGGAGAGUAAUCCUCUAGCAGUCGCUGCUACACGCAUGUCGCUGCUAGGGCAAGACCCAGAGGGGUAUGCCAAAGCAUGUAUGGCCCUAGCGAAGUCUGCAAAAGAGAGGCUAGAUACAGCAAGCUUGACUUGUCCAACACUAAUCCUCACGGGUGAUCAUGAUGCUAUCAGUCCACCCCACCUGUGCUUUUCUUACGGGAAGAGUAUUCAGAAGGCUGAAGUCCAGGUGCUGGAGGCCGUGGGACAUUGGCAUCUGUUUGAGGAUGUCAAGGGAGUUUCUGAUGCGGUUCACACUUUUCUGGAAAGGUUGCAGUAGGCCUGAUGCUUACGUUGCU